AUGUACCCCAUAUGGGCGGUAUCCUUACUGGCCCUCCUAUGCUGCGUGGACUCAGCCGCCGCGUCUGGCUCUGGCCUCGACAACAGGAGCCAGCUCUGGAAGAUGUUGUAUCAGCUCUGCCUCUACUUUGGAUAUGUUCUUUUGAUGCGCAUCUCAACCAUCUCCAGUGAUAUUGGUAACAUAGCCAUCUGCGUGUUGUCUGCCGUGACUUUCAUCAAGGGAUUUCAUAGGUCAAUGGCACUUGUGGUACCAAGUUCUAUGCGGAACAUGGUCAGAGACAUUCCAGAUUUCAAUCGAGAGUUUUCUUUCAGAGACCCUGAUGAAGAAAUCAGCUUGUUUGUGGACAUGCCGAUUGACGAAGUAAUGACAAUGUUCAAGCCAAGGUUUAGGACGUUUGAGAUGCGUGAGAUAGCUAUAGCUUGCAGGAGCAUUGAACCAGCAGCGAAGGCCAGCGCCCAGCCCUUGAUUCCAAACUAUGAGCGGGCGUUCAAGGUGGUUGAGAUUGAGUUGGCUUUCCUGUAUGACAUAUUGUACACCAGCAAUGCAUUCCUCGAUUACUACGAAGCGAGUAGUGCUAGCGUCUGGGCAUUUGCUUCGCUUACUGGGGUGCUGCAGUUGCUACGCUGCUGGACCUCAAACUGGGCGAGAGUUGCCUUUGCCUGUGAUUGCGCUAGGAAGAUUAGGGAUGUGGAGCUGGAGGACGACAAACCAUGGACGGCGAAGGAUGUGGUGGGGACGAUGAGCUGGGGAAUUAGGCUGAGGGCAUCUCUUAUCAGGAUUAAUUGGUCUGACAAACACCAAUACCUCUGGCAAAAUAAGCUCGGUCAGCAUUCUCUACUUGAAUCAAUCAGCUUGCCCGGUCCCGGUCACUGCCGUCGGUGGUUAUUCUGCGGAUACAUGGAGCGCGGCCAGACUCUUUUGCGCUGCAUUGGGUCGAGAAGUAAAUGUGGACUCCACCUGGAAGCCAUUGGUGAGUUCGUUAGUAAGAAGAUCGAGUCCAAUGGAGUGAGCAGUUGGGCUUCCUCCAAGGAUGGAAAUAAUGGACAGAGUAGCCUCCCACAAGAUAACCUUUGGGGAUAUGGUUAUAAUGACCGCUGGUUCCGAAGUGCUGCUAAAGAAUUGUCUAAUGAGUUUUACGUUUGUGUUCUGAUGUGGCACAUUGCAACGUGCUACUGUGAACUGGCGCAGCAGCGCGACGACCAAGCGCCAGGAUUACUCCCUGGGGGCUCUGACACUACAAAAAGAGCAAUGUACGCUGGAGUUAGGGAAGUGGCAAUUUGGAGCGUACACAAGUUUGCAGACAGGUUGCGGGCAAUGAGAGAGUUUGGCCAGGACGAGUUUAGGGAUCACUUUGUUUUUCGAAACAUUUGGCUUAGGCAAGACUUUGCUCAACCUGGGAUAACCAAUCUUGACGCCUACUAUGCCGGAUGCUUCAUCUAUGCGGCGGGUGUCAAGCUGGGGGAGGGACUCCACACAAGCAUGCCUGCUGCUGCUGAUCGGUGGAAAUUGCUGGCGGAAUUCUGGGUGAAGGCAUCGGUGUACGCAGCGCCGUCGGACAAGGUGGACGAGCACUUGCAGCAUCUGUCGCAGGGCGGUGAGCUCAUCACGCAUCUCUGGGCUCUGCUCUAUCACGCCGGCAUCCACAAGUGGCGCCUUGAUCCCAGGGCGUCAAGAUGGGGUGGGAUUACAUCUUUCGGAUUCGCUCUUGGGAGGACCUCGACUCGAAUCAUCAUCAUCAUCAGGUAG